AUGGGUGCUGGGAACGCUGACCGAAAAGGUGAUGGUAUUGACGAAUUCCUUGUCUCUAUGUUUGGGCCGCUGGAUCGCACGGAUGAUGGGACGCUCACGGGUGGUAUACUUUGCUACAAACCCAUCGAUCUGGAAAAUGGCGUCUUCGCCAAAUGGCAUAUCACAAAGGAAUCAUCUGGAAGACAUGCUGUAGGGAACUUUUGCGGGAAUGGUAAAAACGAUAUAGCCUCCAUCAGCUACAACGUGAAAGAUUACUAUCAGGAAAAGGACCCGGAGGUCACCCUAUACAAAAAUGAGGCUGAUCGGCAGCCGGCUAAGGCGCGGAUCAUUGGGACGGUAUGGGGAGGUGAAGGGAUGGUUUACAUUCCGGACCCUAUUAACAUCUGCGGCGAACCUGCCUCAAAGGAACUAAUCAAAGUCGCAAAUUUCCAGAUCAGCGUCGAGGUGUAUCCUCCCAAUAGCAAAGUGUCUGUAGGAGACAAGCAAGGCAUUAAAGUCCUCUACGGAAGCUUGGCGGACACGGACGAUGAACUGAAGGCCCUGGGAGGCGAACCGUUCCCGAAGAAGGAGUCCUUGAUCAAAUCCGGAGAUUGCCUUUCCGUGAAUCAGAACACUGGCGCUAUAAUUCUCCGCUUGGUGCCCCUCAGCAGUGGGGAUGAAAAAUGGACAAAGGCAGAAGACGUUCCGGUUCAGAACACAUUCGUACUGAGCGACGUCGGAUUAGAGGCGCCGAAGCUGGAGUUUAUCAAGGUCGAGAAACUCUGGUGGGGAGGCGACUUCAAGGGAGACGAAUUCUACAACCUGACAGGAUUCCAUUUCCGCUUCCUGGAAAGUAAACAAAAUAUUGCACAUAUGCAAUUCUGGACUGCCGGACCCAAUGUGGAUUGUCGUCUGCAUGACCACAGCGACAAAGCCUUCAAAGAGCUCCACACGUGCUUGUACCAAGGAUCUGUGGAAAACGGUAACCCAGAACAUUUUGGCGGCAUGUGGGCUCCCAAGCAGGGAGACUGUUAUAAGUCCCUUGAUGAGGUAAAGAAGCUCCAACAGGAAGGCAAAUUAGAACAUUGCCCACUGGCGCGACUCGAGGAGCAUGGCCGUAUCUGGCACACCGAUCACUAUGGCCAAACAAUCUACCGAAAAAAUAAGACGGUGUCGUAUCCAGGUCACGCUUGGAUAGCUGGUCUCGGGCCCAAUAUCGAUGUGUGGAUGGCCCUAGAGUUCGAUGCAAGGCUAGAGCUGUGA